AUACAAAUGGAGGUGUGUUGAUUUGUCUCAAGGAGAUGGGGUGAUUCUGGGGUGAUUCACAUGAAUUACCACCCUCAAUGUGACUGGUCGCCGCUGGAGCACUAGUCACGUGUGAUUCGACAUUAAGGAGAUCGAUCUCCUAUUCUGAACCUUCGCUCAUUAAUUUCUACUUUUCAUCUGAUCAAGCUUUUGCGAUCAAGCGAAAGUGUCGGUGGAUGCAUUCGUUCAUUGAAACGUCUUUGACCCGGCCCUGGACUACAUGCUCAGCCAUGAUUCAUCGACUGCCAGUGGAAAUUCUACAAGCCAUAUUCUUGCUCGCCGUCGACAACGGACCAGACUGUCCCAGUAUCUUCUCAUAUGAAGCAACCACAAUAUCAGCAAAUUUUGCUAGCCCGCCCUUACUCUUCACUCGAGUGUGCCAUCAUUGGCGAGACGUCGCACGUUCAACGCCGGAGAUCUGGUCGCGCAUUGAGGUCAAGCUUCCUCCAGUAUCCGUCAAGCCGCUCACGCCGUUCUUUACCUCUCUACUCCAGUUUUGGCUCGCUCAGUCUGACAACCUACCUCUUACCAUUCACAUGGCCUCAAACUAUUCCUCCUGGGAUGGGAAUUCUCGACUGCUCGAGAUCCUUUGUAAUGAGACGAGGCGUUGGGAGACAGUGAUCGGCUUCGCACCCGCAUUUGAUUCUAGCGAUAACUUCAAUACGCCCCAGCUGAGAACGCUAGACCCAAUCUGGGACUUAUCAAACCUCACCAAAUUCAAUGCACCAAAACUCUGUCGCGUGCGCAUCUGUUCAUUGUAUGAUAACAUCCUAUCACUCAGACCUAAUGCUGCCUGUGGAAACAUACGUCAUCUCUGCCUCCAUCAGACUUCAGUCAAUAGAAUACACUAUUUUCCAGACAUAUUCCCUCGUUUGGAAACCCUCGACGUGCGGUUACUUCAAAUUGCACCUGAUUAUGUUCUGGAUAUGGAGAAUCAUUCGGACACGUAUUCUUGCCUUGAAUCGAUGACCCUCCCCUUCGUCCACGGUCCUCCGGACAUGUAUGCCAUGAUAUUUCGUGGACAUCAUUUUCCCGCGUUGCAGGAAUUGAUUUUGUUGGUGGGUGCAGGCAAACCAGAAGUCGAGAUGAUCACGGAGGCGCUUGCAGUUGCUGGGUCUUGCAAUAUCCGAGUGGUGGACUUUUGGCUGCACAAAUCGCGGAUGGAUCUUUAUGUGCCUACCCUUAAGCAAUUACUAUCGGUAGCGCAAGAGGUCGCGGUUCGUGGGGAAGUGGUUGUACGCAGGGAACAGUCUGGUCCAUGAAUUGAGGCACUCGGGAAAAGGAAAAUUGACUACGAGUUCGUCGUAUAUUUGUUAUGCGCGAGUUUUGCAGAGAGGCAUGCAUCAGUG